AUGGACGAUUACAACGAUAGUCUAAUCUUCAACGACACGGAAAGCUAUAAGCCCUAUUCACAACGACCGGAGACCUACAUUGUGCCCAUACUUUUCGCAUUCAUCUUUAUUAUCGGCGUCGUUGGGAAUGGCACACUUGUUGCUGUGUUCGUGCGGCACAAGGCUAUGCGAAACGUCCCUAAUACAUACAUCCUCUCUUUGGCGUUAGCUGAUCUCCUGGUAAUCAUAACGUGUGUGCCCUUUACAUCCAUUGUCUACACCCUGGAGUCCUGGCCAUGGGGAGACACCGUAUGUAGAUUAUCAGAAGCCGCAAAGGACGUCAGUAUUGGCGUAUCCGUUUUCACCCUGACAGCGCUAUCGGCUGACCGGUAUUUCGCUAUUGUUGAUCCGUUGAGGAAACUGCACGCUACAGGUGGUAGCAAGCGAGCAACUCGGCUCACUGUUGCUACGGCGAUCGGUAUAUGGCUGUUAGCUGGUGCUAUAGCUACGCCCGCGUAUGUCGGAUCCUAUCUAAGAGAGUUCGUCGUGAAUCCUACUAAAAAGUUCCUCGUAUGCUAUCCGUACCCCGUGGAAUGGGGGGAGAGUUACGCCCGCACGAUGGUCCUCAUGAAGUUUCUGGUAUACUACUCGCUGCCCCUGGCAGUUAUUGCACUUUUCUACAUUCUGAUGGCACGGCAUCUCGUACUGAGCACACAAAACGUUCCAGGUGAAAUGCAAGGGACACAACGGCAGAUGCGGGCUAGAAGGAAAGUUGCUCUGACAGUUCUCGCUUUUGUCGUAGUUUUCGCGGCAUGUUUCCUUCCGACACACGUCUUUAUGAUGUGGUUUUACUAUUGCCCCACAGCCCAAGAAGAUUUUAACGCGUGGUGGUCAGCCCUGCGCAUCGUUGGCUUCUGUCUUUCAUUCUUGAAUAGCUGUGUCAACCCUAUUGCACUCUACUGCACCAGCGGUAUAUUUAGAAAGCAUUUUAACAGGUACUUAUUCUGCCGAACGACAUCUGCUCAUGGCACGAGAGGGUCACUUUCGUUGUCAACAUCAAGAAGGCUGCAUUCCAGCAGAAAGACUAAUAUCAGCAUGGUUCCGCGGACAACUAGUGUGGGUAGAGAGAGCAGCAUUCGUCUUCUGAAUAACGGAUCUUCAAAACUUUGA